CAGCUUGACCCGUGAAGUUGUAUUCGCUCGCGUGCCACGUUGGCAGUCGGCGGUGCUCGCUGGUGCUCGCGGCGCAUUUCGCACGGUGUCUCCGAAGCAAAAGAGCGAUUUUCCACUCGUGGCGUUCUCGCAGCGUCGUUCACGAACUGCUGCGAUCAACGACGACGGAGAAGGGAGGGGAGGGGAAGACGGUGGUCGAUCGUCGAAAAUGUGAAGAAAGUCUCGGGUGAGGAGACGCGGCCGAGGCGGAAGAAGGUGCGACACAGUGCAUUCGGGCCAGCCAACUCGAGGCAGCUGUCUCGCGGAUUUCGACGGACGGACGGAGAGAGCGUAUUCUCGAGGGUGGGGUUCGAGAAGUAUCGGGUAAUCAAGAAUUAACCGGACCGCCACCGCGUGCACUGACACCUGCACAUCAUCGUUGGACCGAUUAUACGUGUCGUUGUUCGGUACUCGUCUCGGGCUUGCUGCUGCAAGCUGCGCCACCCCCCGCCCCGCCCGCCGUUGUUCACUCCGGAUCGGUGUGUGUAUGUAUGUGCGCACGCGGGCCACUUAGGACGGUAGCAGCCGGCGAUGAGGAAGAAAGAAAAUAAAUAAGGCAGAAGACGACACGCGCGUGCAUCGCUCUACAUACGUCGUAUAUAUAUCAGUAGUGUCGUAUACAUACGUAUAUAUAUAUAUAUAUAUAUACACAUUAUAUAUAUAUGUAUAUAUUAGAUCAAUGUCAGUGAUGUCGUUACCGGACAUAAACCUGAUAGACUUUCUGGACGAGCCGUUCCUGAAGGAUGUCAAGGACGAGAUGUUCGUCGACCAUAUUUGCGGCGACGACGACGACGACGUCACCGCGACCGAGGAGUUCGCGACGAAUUCGGACGACCUCUUUGCGACGAUCAUGAAGCUGCAGGAGGAGCAUCCGGAUUUCCUGAUCGAGAAGGACCUGGAAGACACCAGUCCGUUCUCCUUGUCGGACAGCGGCCUCUCCAGCGCACAAAGUCUCUCGUACGAGCAACAGCUGAGUCCGCUCUUGUCGAUCGGCAAUGACGACGAGCAGAUCGAGAUCAUCAACUCGAACCUGAACAGCCCACAGGAAGAACUCAUGGACUUCGAACCGGCGGUCAGUCCGAUUCAGUCCCUCGGCAGUCCUGUGGACAGUCCUGUGCGAUCCGUCAUGAGCUCCAAUAUCGGCUCACCGGCCACCGACGUGGCCGACGAUAUGGAAUAUGGACAAACCCUGGUCGCUGUUGUUACACCGAACAACACCAUGCCGAGCGCGAACACGACGAUCGUCACGGAACAGCCGAUCGUCGAGAUCGAUUCGACGCCUAAGCAACAGACGCGCGUCGCGCAGCCGGAGAACGCGAUAAACGUCCGCAACUUGACGUGCAACGGCAAACGGAAUAUUCGACAAUUGAUACGCGUCACCCCGAUGGGUUCUGGUAAUCCGCGGUCCAUCUUGUUACCAGUAAGCAUCAAAGACGUAAAGGAAGUCCGGGCCAUUAAAAUUAUCAACGCUACGCAAGCAAGAAACUUGAAGGGCUUUAAAAUCAAUCAGGCGAACAUUAUUAAUAAACCCGUUCAGAUGACUAUCAAACAGGAGGAUUCCAACAGUGACAAAGGCUGCAACUCCAGCGAAGAGGCAUCGGAGACGGACUCGCCUUAUCCGCGGCUGAAGCUGAACGCCGAGGAGAAGCGGCUGCUGCAGAAGGAGGGCAUCACCCUGCCGAGCCAUUAUCCUCUAACGAAGCACGAGGAGCGCGAGCUGAAGAGGAUCAGGCGCAAGAUACGCAACAAGAUAUCCGCGCAGGACUCACGUAAGAGGAAAAAGGAGUACGUGGACGGGCUGGAGGAUCGCGUGAAACAGUGCACGGAGGAGAACAUGACGUUGCUGAAGCGCAUCAAAGCCCUGCAGUCGCAGAACCAGAGCCUGGCUGGUCAACUCAAGAGGCUGCAGGCGCUUAUACAGAAAGGCAACAAGAGCGCCCAGCCGGCCACCUGCCUGAUGGUCCUGCUACUCUCGCUCGCUCUCGUCGUGAUGCCGAGUCUGCGGCCGCACUCUAACAACAACAGCAACGACCUCACGCAGGAGCAAGAGCAACCCGAGAAAAUCCCACUGGCCGGUCGCUCGAGGACCUUGCUGUACACGAAGCAGCAGCUGAUGGACGCCGAGGAGCUUCAGCAGUGCGACGAGGAGCUGAUGCAGGAGGUCGAGGGACUUCUGGAUCACGAUUACGGCCCGGUGAUACAGAUGCCGCUCUGCAAGCGCGCCCGUCUCGAGAGCGACGCGACAACGUCCAAAUACAUCUCCUCCUCCGUGAACCACGUGGGGGGCACGCUUGGCACAAAAUCGGACGUCGGCUCGAAGGCGACUAGGCAAUAUAUCGAGCCACCGUUGGACGACAUAUGGCCGCCGCCGAAUCCGGGAGGGCAGAAGACCGCCCGGGUGGUCGACAAGCUCGAGGCUCUCGCCAACGAGCUGAAGAUCAACAUCUCGGAUGUCGAGGGCACCAGAACGGUCCUCGUCAAGGUGCCGCACGAGAAAUAACGGUGGCUCGGGAAUUUAUCGGGUGAAAACGACCGAGUGCGAAGCAAUUCGCGCUGACACGAUUCGAUUCUUCAAAGCACACACACUUUUCGAAUUCUCGAGAUAACGCAUUUCCCGAUUGUUGUUAUUGACCGAAACGGCAAUCGGUGUUGGUCCAUAUUUUCUUAUUAUUUCGUAGCAUAAUGGAUCGAUUCCAUGUUAGAUCGUGGAGAGAUUGUGGCCGCAGGAAAGUUCGCCCGAGAAUGUCUUUGUCGCUUGCUUAGGUGUGGUUCAUGCAUACAAACAGAUAAAAACAUAUAUAUGUAUACACGUACCAUAUGCAUAUACGAAACGUAUGGUUUUGCGUAGAUAUUUUUCACGAAUUUUUAUGGAUUGGACGAAGAUUUUACUUAUUUAUACGAAGAAACCAUAUUUACCGAGAGAUCUAUGAUUGUAACUGUUACCAGAUAUAAGAGAAUUUUUGUAAAUAAUUAUGAAGUAGGUCUUAUAUAAGGUACAGGAGGACAAGAGACACAGUAAAUAAAACAAUAAAUAUAUAGAUAAGUAAAUAUAAAUAUAUGUAAUUAUAUAUAUAUAUAUAUAUAUAUAAUAUGUGUAUGUAUGUAUGUAUGUAUGUUAUAGCAUAUAUAUAUGCCGAUUCGAUAAAUGCAAUUAAUACAGAUUUAUUAUGUUACAUGUCAAUAUACUAUGUUAUGAUUGCAAUAUGAAAAUAUAUCGUAAGACGAAUGAGAAUAAUUUACGGUGAUUAAACUUGUGUAUUAUAUAUAUAUAUAUAUAUAGGAAUAUAUCAUAUAUACAAUGCACGUACGAAUAACUAUUCGGAAUUACCGAAAGAUUUUUAGUCUUAAAAUAAUAAUAUGAUAGUUACGUAGCACAGAAGAUCUAUAUAUUCAACAUACAUUUUAUUUCCGCCAUGAAUAUUCUUUUACAAAAAUAAAGUGUCUCAAAAAAUA